AUGCUUGUACUUCAGAGAGGAGAUAUGUUGUCGAUAUUGAAUUUUUGUCACUACAUGUAUUUACCAGUUGGGGCAAAUGGAAUGAUCGAUCUUGGGGUUCUAUCAGUAACCACAUAUAUCCAUGGCUCCACUGUUCUCAUCUUAGCUUUUAGCAAAGCUCUUUUCAAGGAGUACCCGAGUUGCGCUCCAUCGUAUAUCGAAUAA